AUGCGGUAUUCUGAACGAUUUCAACCUGGUGAUCAUGUCUAUACAUGGCGUGCCUACGGUAAGAUCCAAAAUGCAUAUCAACACCAUGGUAUUGUGAUUGCCGUUCAAGACGUUGCUGGGAGGGCCGGGCAACAGUUAAAGAUAUUCGACUUAUCAAGAGGGAAAGGAGCAGCAGCAAAACAAGAAGAUAGUAGCUUCACCACUAAGUCUCAUUGCGAGAAAGACGAACGUUGCGGCAAGCCUAAGGCAGGCGUCAGUCACGAGGAGGCAUCUCCGUCCGAUGGCUUCGUGUGCGUCAAAUCAGUGCCUUCAGAGGGUUGGUACAAGGUCCAAUAUGGAGUACGCAGGAUAGAAUUUCUGCUAGGAAGUGCAGGUACUUGCACAACCAUGGAUUGCGAUGAUACUAAAGUUGUUCUCAGGCGAGUGGAGUUCUUGCGAGCGAAUUCCAAUGACAUCGACGAGGACAACGGCACCACAAGCAGGUGCACUUUAGUCCCAGAAUACCAUGUCCUCUUUUCCAACUGCGAAUGUGUGGCAGUCUGGUGCAUGACAGGUACCUGGUCCACAGUUCAAGGGAGCUCGUUGCUGGGAAAAGCAAAAGCAGCUGUGCCGAUCGCAGCAGGAGCAGCUGUAGUAGGCGCCUUCGCCUUCAUGGUGCCAGCUGCAGGCUUGUGGGGUUUCCUCGGCUAUUCUACUCCGUUGGCAAUGGCAAUACCAGAAGUCCCCGUUGGAAUUGCUCUUGUAGGAUUUUCAGGCACCGGCCUACUGACUCACCACGGUUGUCAAGCCAAGCGCUAUUGGAGUGGGAAAACGGUUGAGCUGAACAAAGCUUUCGAUCUGUAUGUGGCGCGUAACAUGUAG